AGCUUCGUUUCACGUGUUAUAAAUAUAUAUUCUGUUUUAGUAAUCGCACAAUAUGGGAGUACAAUACAAUAAUUCACCGAAAUGCCAGCUUACGUAUACAAACUUGAGCUGUCCAGACGGUCCAGUAGUGUCAUUUUCCCCAACUCACACCACAAAGAUCGCCGAAGAACUCCCUCGGACAAGGUUUAGCAGAUUGCAAUGGGUUUUACUGAUCUUACUCGGCCUCAGCAAUUUCUGCGUUGGCGCAAUCUUUGCCGUUCAAGCGCCAUUUUUCCCGCAAGAGGCAGAGAAGAAAGGAGCGACACCUGCCGAGUAUGGAUUAGUUUUCGGAAUUUACCAGCUAACUGUACUAUUAGCCUCUCCAGUUUUCGGGCAACUUAAUAGACACGUUUCGCCAUCUUUCAUGCUCAACUCAGGACUCUUUGUACUCGGGACAUCAACCAUUUUGUUUGGAAUACUGGACGGAGCACCAAAUGGAAGACCGUUCAUAGCGGCUGCAUUUGCCAUUCGCAUAACGGAAGGCCUCGGAUGUGCCGCUACCCGCACAGCAACCAACACCAUCAUCGCCAAGAACUUUCCCACGAGCGUGGCAACCGCCUUUGCGAUUUUAGAGACGUUUCUCGGUGCUGGAGUUAUGGUUAGCCCAACUUUGGGAGGACUGUUGUAUGAGCUUGGUGGAUUUAAACUUCCUUUUGUUGCCUUCGGUUGUCUGUUGCUGCUGAUAGAAGUAACGUUAUAUUUCUUCCUUCCAGACUCUGAGGGUGGUUCGGUGCCCCGGGUGAAAAACUUCUGGAAGCUCUAUGCUAGUCCUGAAAUUAUCUUGGAUGGUUUGACAAUAGUUACAUCAUUCAUCUUCGUUGGCUACAUUCAAGCAACGUUGGAACCUCAUCUAAGACAGUUCAAUUUGACACCUGUUGCAGUUGGUGGUGUUAUUGUGUCCAGUGGGACAGUAUAUGCUAUUACGGCUCCAGUAUGGGGAUAUAUGUGUGAUCGUUUGUCCGAUGCCAAGCCUUUGACAUUAGUUGCAAGCCUAAUCGUGUGUUUGUCCAUCUCCUUUAUGGGUCCACUUCCAGUCUUUCAAUCCGGCACGCAGUUGUGGUUGAUUGUAUUGGCUCAAGUACUUUUGGGGCUCGGGAAUGGCUGUAAAUGUGUUGCUCCCUUUGGCAGUGCCUUGAAGAAUGCACUGAGAAGAGGAUAUCCCGAUGAUCUGUCCACUUAUGGCAUGGUGUCUGCGCUAUACACGUCUUCAGAAGCUUUGGGAGCUUUUAUAGGUCCCUCUAUCGGUGGAUAUAUCCUGGGCUCUGUCGGUUUUAGGAAAGGAACAACCAUUAUGCUGGUACAAGAAUUAAUGUUUGUUGGCCUACUACUGAUUUUCAUCAUUUUCAAGAAAGUCAGGAAAGACAAGGUUACCAGAUGUCCAGAAAAUAAGCCACUAUUAUGAUAGUUUGGUGAAGACUUUGAACUAAAAACGAGGCUGAAAUCGCUUCAAAUAGCGAGAAAUACUUCGAAAAUGUUAUCAGAACUUUCAUUUGGAUAUGUACUUUGUUAACUAUUUAAAUGAUUGUUUUAUUUUUUUCCUUAUAUAUAUAUAUUACAUAAGCCUCCGCCCGUGGCUUCAAUAACCACCAUGGGCAGAUUUGUGCUUAACAACAAACAAUUAUGUUACUAAUAACAUUAUUUUGGGAUACAUGUUGC